GAAAUGUCAUUGUCAAAUUGUCAACACAACGUCAGGGCAUGCGUAUAACCUCAAAAAUGAAUAAACAUUGAGCACACACUAUAUUAUUUGUACCAGAAAACAAUCAAAUUAGUGAGAAUGGACGAUUUACAACUAAAUAUUUCAUCUGUUAAAAAGAAUAAUAAGACUAAAAAAGGUAUUGUGCAGCAAAGUAAAUCUUCAGAAUACAAAUUUGUACCAAAACCAGUUGUAAGUGGUAAAAUUAUUGCUAGAAAAAGACCACAGAAUGCUCACAACAAGUUUUCAAGUGCAAGAUCAGAUGAACCAAAACAAAAAGUGUCUAGGUUAAAUGAUGCACCUGUUGCCACAUCUAAUGACUUAGAAACAAAACUUAGAGAUCUUAGUGAAAACAAAGGAAAGUUUAAAGAUAAAAACUACCAAGAAAUUGUUGACGAUUUGCAAGUAAAGCAAAAACCUAGAAGCGGAGGUUGGAUUUCAUCAUUAUUUAAAAAUAACCCAGACGUGCCUCGAAUAGGCCAGAAAGCUGUUAAACCAAUUGUUGAAAAAGUAUUUACUGCUCAGACUUUCUCAGAAUUGGACCUUCACCCUCACAGCAUUGCCAAUUUAAAUCAGAAUUUGAAUUUGAAACAACUUAUGACAGUCCAACAAAACUCUAUACCAGUUAUUCUACAGGGUAGAGAUGUUUUAAUUAGGUCCCAAACAGGUUCGGGGAAAACAUUGGCAUAUGCUUUACCAAUCAUAGAGGGCCUCCAAGCGAUCAGACCAAAAAUAAACAGACAUGAUGGCAUUAGAGUUAUUGUUGUUGUACCAACAAGAGAGUUGGCGGUUCAAACUUAUGAGCUCUUUGUGAAAUUAGUUAAGCCUUUUAUCUGGAUUGUACCUGGUCUUCUGAGUGGUGGACAAAAGCGGAAAGCAGAGAAAGCUAGAUUAAGGAAGGGACUUAGCAUAUUAGUGGGCACACCGGGCAGAAUAAAUGAUCAUUUGAGGCACACACAUUCCUUUAAUUUUGCUAAAACUGGCUGUCUAGUCUUGGAUGAAGCUGAUCGUUUAUUAGAUAUGGGAUAUGAAAAAGAUGUAGCAGCAAUUGUAAAAGCUAUUGAAGAUCAUAAAAAGGCAGCAACAUAUGACCCAAUUGCCCUUAUGAGACAGUCUGUUAACAAAAACAUUUCAAAUGAUGAGAAAUCUGUAGAGAAUGCAUCUACAGAAAAUACUGAAGAAAAUCAAGUAAAACAUCAUUUAACAGAAGUGUUUUUAUCAAAAAAUAGACAAACUAUUCUUUUAUCGGCAACACUUACAAAGGCAGUGGAAAAUUUGGCCGGUAUUACUAUGCAGGAUCCAGUUUUUGUUGAUACUUCAGAAGGAAAAGUACUUGUAGCAGAUUCAUUAAAACAUAUUGGGGAUUUAAAUAAAAUAGAUGAUAAUGUAAAUAAUAAAAAAGAUAAAAUUAAAUCAGAUCCCAUAUCCCCACAAAAACCUAAUCUUGCUGCAACACAAAAAGUGGAGAAUAAUCUAACGAAUUCUCUUAAUAAUAUUGAAAUAAGAAGAGGUUUAGUAGCUUUUUCAGGGAUAAAUAUUGAAGAUCAACCUAAAGAUGUGAAAGAUGAAAAAGCCAGUUCAAAAACUGCAACUAAAAGAAAACACGAAAGUGACAGUGAUUCAGAUUAUGAAUAUUUUAAAGUACAAAAAGAAUUAGAAGCAAAGAAACCUAAGAAAGUGGAAGAAGUAAAAGAAAUUGAACCUAUUAAGAAAGAUAAUGUAUUUGAAGAAGCAGUGAAAUCAGCAGUUGUUGAUGACGAAUUAGUUCUUCCUGCUACUGUAAAUCAAAAGUUCUUAAUCGUUCCAAUGAAAUUAAGACUAGUAACACUUUGUUCUCUUAUUGUAGAACAUUGUUAUUUGGACAAGAAAUGUGGUAAAAUGAUAGUUUUCAUGGCGACUACAGAAAUGGUCGAUUAUCAUUCUGAAUUACUGGAAACUGUGUUGACGGGAAACGAAGCGAAGGUGAAAAAGAAAGAAGAUAAAAAUAAAAAGACAAAAACAAAGAAGCAAAAGAAGAAUGAUAAAGGAGAUGAUCAGGAUUCGUCGGAAUCUUCGGAUAAUUCUGAUUCUGAAUUUGAAAUGGAAUACGAGGCACCAGACGAGGGUGGUUUAGUGCCGAUAGACUUGGAUGUGUUCAGUUUGCACGGCUCAAUGCCGCACGAGCGAAGAAUGGAGGUUUUCAAGCAAUUCAGAGCUGCUAAAAGAGGAUUAUUAAUAUGUACUGACGUUGCCGCCCGAGGUCUGGACGUGCCGCGUGUGGACCUCGUGCUACAGUAUUGCGCCCCAGCCUCCGCCACCGAUUACGUACAUAGGGUGGGGCGCACAGGGCGCGCGGCGCAGGUCGGGGCGGCUAUCCUGAUGCUAUUGCCUAGCGAGGCCGAAUUUGUGAGACAUUUGGAGCAGAAGAGAAUCAGGCUACGGCAAACGGACGAAUCGCAGUCGUUGGAAGCACUGCGCACUUUAGCGCCCACUGCGUCUAACCCUGCGCGUGCCGCCAUCGCCGUGCAGACCCGGCUCGAGCAUACCGCGCACAGUCACCGCGACUGGCUCGCGAGGGCCAGCAGAGCGUAUACAUCUUGGGUCCGUUCCUACUCGGGGUAUCCGCGCGAGGUGCGUAUGUGGCUGGACGCCCGGCAGCUCCACCUUGGUCAUGCAGCGAAGGCGUUCGCGCUCCGGGAGACCCCCGCCGCGCUGGCGAGAAGGGCCAAAUCCGACCCCAAUUUUAAGAAGGAAAGACCGGUCAACCGGUUGACUAUUCAUGAAGAGGAACAAAAGAAACGACCAGGGUUCCCCAAGAUGAAGGCGGGCAUGUUUGGCAAUAAGGUUGUCAAUAAACAGAGCUCUAUGCACACGGCCUGCGAGUUCGACAGCGGACUGCCCCCCAUUGACACCUAUAACUUUAAGAAGAAGAAUAAAAAUAAGCAAAAAUGAAUUAUUAACGAUACGGUGUUAUACAAAA